AUGUCGCUCAUCUGCUCAUUGUCGGGACAGGAGGCUGAGGAGGCGGUGGUUUCGCGCUCGACCGGGCAUGUUUUCGAGAAGCGCCUCAUCGAGAAGUAUCUGGCUGCCAAUGAUCGUCGCUGCCCCGUCACUGGCCAGACUCUCGAUGCCGACGAUCUUCUUCCCCUCAAGGUGAACCGAAGCGUGCGUCCGCGUCCGGCGACUGGCACGAGCGUCCCGAGCAUGUUGCAGCUCUUCCAAAAUGAAUGGGAUGCGGCCAUGCUCGAAUGCUACAGCCUCAAGCAGCAACUUAACCUUGCCAGGCAGCAACUCGCCCAUGCGCUGUACCAGCAGGACGCUGCCUGCCGCGUGAUCGCGCGCCUCACCCGCGAGCGUGAUGAUGCCAGAACCGCGCUGUCCACGGCUCAGGCCCAGCCCAGCGCCGUUGGCCCGUCUGGAGCCAACGCCGACGGUAUGGAAGUGGAGGGAGGUGCCGGUAUCUCCGAGCAGGUCAAGCAGAGGCUCCUGUCCGUCUCCAAGCAGCUUACCGCCGAGAGGAAGAAGCGCACGGUGCCCAAGGAGACUGCCACGGAGGAGCAGAUCAAGUCUCUCCACGCGACGUCCAGCCACCCGACCCACUCUUCGAGCAAGCCCGGCAUCCUGUGCCUCGACCUCCACCCCAGCCAGAAGCUGGUAACACUGGCCGCCAUCCCACUCUUCCACGCCGCCUCUUGUUCGGGAGUGGCUACGGGUGGCAUCGAUCGCAACGUCGUGGUCCUCAACCGCGAGACUGGCGUUGCUGCUCCGGCUCUCACCGGACACACCAAGCGCGUUAACCGCGUCGCCUUCCACCCCGAGCGUGAUGUGCUCCUGUCCGCCUCGCACGACGGCACUGUGCGCCUGUGGUCCGCUCAGGGCGAGGAGAAUGACGUUCCGCGAUAUGCGGCUGCAGGCCAGAUGCAGCCUCACGGCGGUGCCGAGGUGGUGGCGCUCUCGCUCCACCCCACCGGUGACUUUGUAGCCUCGGCGUCUCUCAACGGCUCCUGGGCCUUCUCCGACCUCUCUAGCCAGCGCACCCUCGUUUCCGUCGCCGCGCCCAUCCAGGAGUCGGUCCACGCCGCCAGCUUCCACCCCGAUGGUCUCAUCUACAGCACGGGUACCAGCACCGCCAAGGUGCGCGUGUGGGACAUGAAGUCGCUGGGCAACGUGGCCACCUUCGACGGCCACACCGGACCCGUCCGCUCGCUCGCCUUCUCCGAGAACGGUUUCUACAUGGCCAGCGCCAGCGAUGACCACACCGUGCGCCUGUGGGAUCUGAGGAAGCUCAAGUCGUUCCAGACCAUCUCGCUGCCCGACUCGGAUCUGUCGUCGGUGGCGUUCGACUAUUCGGGCAAGUACCUGGCCAUCGGUGGCUCGGACAUCAGGGUCUACGGUUUCGCCGGCAAGCUCGUUGAGCCGCUCGUCACCCUCGCCGACCACUCGGCUCCGGUCACCGGCGUCCUCUUCGGCCAGCACGCCCACCUUCUGGCCUCCACCUCCCUCGACCGCACCCUCAAGUUCUUCCAGACCAACGCCUAA